AUACAACAUAUCGUGACCUUUUAAAGCGACCAGGUCCAACUUGUCACCUUCGAAGGAGCCGAACAAAACUGGAGAAGUAAUUUUAACACGAAUAUUUUUCCCUAUGAUACACCUGAAAUCAGGCAUGCACUCUUAAACAGUACUGACAGCUAUGCCUAACAUCUGACAUUUCAGUGCUGGCCGCCGCGCGGCCAUCCUUGAAGGACCAAUCUGCUCCGAUAUAACAUCGCUUCACCAUGAAGAAGCUCUUCGGAGUUGGUCCGGACCUGCUGGGCGAUGGCAAGGUCCUCUUCGAGUGGAGUCCUAAAGGUUCCUUCCUUGCUGCAGCAGGCAGUAAGAGGAAGGUCAACAUCCUUGAUAGGAAUGGACGGCUCUACGACGAAGUCCAUUUCCCUCCCGCGGAAUACGCCAACCCAGACGGGAGAGGCUGUGGAUGUGCUCAGCUACAGUGGGACCCAACGGGGGAUCAACUUGCAAUCCUUCCCGCUGGUAAUACACAUGUCUUCAUCUGGUCAGCUAUCAGCAAAGAGGUCCAGAAAAUUGACUCGGAGUUCAAGACGCAAGAAUUCUCCGCUAUGGCGUGGUCGCGGAACGGCAUGUAUCUGGCGGUGUCGACUGUCAAAGGGAACCUGAUGAUGUAUAACGCCCGAGAGCGCAAGAAGACGCCGCUAGUGGGCAAGCACACGAAAAAGAUCGUGGCGGCGGCAUGGAACAAGGAUAAUGUUCUGGCGAUGGCUGCCCAAGACAAGACCGUGACGUUGACGGACGGUGUGACGGGUGACACGAUAAAGACUUUUCACCUGAAGGACCUCCCCAUGGACCUCUGUGUCUCAGACAAGAAGGAGGACGGCUACUCACGUCGGGAGGAGAACACGUACUCGCUCAACAUUAAUCGGAAGACGCUGUACAUCAUGCAGGUAAGCGCAGCCGGCGAUCGACCCAUUGAGUUGGCGUUCUUGGAUACUUACGGGCCGAUUAUGAAGCACGCAUGGUUUGGGGACGGCUACAUCCUGCUUGGCUUCAAGAAUGGCUACGUGGUGGUCGUGUCGUCUCACAGCAGGGAGAUCAGUGAGGAGGUGCACUCGGGGAAGUAUCUGGACACACUGUCUGAUGUGUGCCACUCGCCUGCGCUGGGCCGCAUAGCCGUGGCUGGCGCCAACUGUGUGCGCAUUUUGGAUAGCUCAGGUCAGGACUAUAACGAGAUUAAAAGCGACGCGGUAGACCUCGACGCGAACCAGACGGUGGAGAAGGUUGGGUGGACGCGGGAUGGCCAGGUGUUGACUGUGGGCACGCACAACGGCUACCUGCACACCUUCCUCGCCUCUCUGCCGAUGGUCUACGACUACCACGGCGCGCGUGUCCUGUACCUGACCAGCCUGCUGGAGAUGACGGUGCUGGACGUGACCAAGCGCCAGACGGUGGCGCGGAUCGAACUGGAGACAGAGCCGGCAUUUUGCGGGCUCGGGCCGCAGCACGCCGCCAUGGGCAUGAACAACCAGGUGGCCUUUUACAACGUGGAGGGCAAAGCGGGCAAGGUAGUGCAGCGGCGCGAUUACCUGGGCACCAUCUCCGCCAUCAAGCUAAACGAGACGCAGGCGGCAGUGCUGACGGGGGGGCACGUGGUAGUGCACCCCAUCGUGGUGGAGUCGGGCCGCGCUCCCGACGAGCACGACGUCGUCAUCCCCGGACCCGGCCAGCCUGCCAACAUCACGUGUGUUGCGCUCACACCAACGUUUGUGAUCACGGGAAGUCGGACAGGCACGCUGUCCUACUACCUCAGCCCUGACGUGACGCCCGUGAACGAAUACCGCCACGACGACGGCGGCAUUACGAGGCUCUUCCCGCAGGCGACUGGCGCGCGGCUCGUGUUCGAGGACGACAAGGGUUGCCUGCAUCUGUUCAACCCCGUAAAUGACCACGUUGUGCCCAUCCCGAACUUCUCGGGCCGAGCCGACGUAGUCAUGUGGGACACCUCCGAUAUAAAUGUGCUCGUCAUCGCGGACGGCUCGGCCCUCCACACCUACCUGUACAUACCCGUCAGCCUGAACGGCCCGCAGGUGCAGUUCAUCGGCAAGCAGCCGCUCGGGGCCACCCACACGCCAUUGACUGUGUGCAACGGUGUGGUGGGUUGCCGCCUCAAGAACGGUGCAAUGGACAAUGUGAUCCUGGAGAGCCACAAGCUCCUACAGCCUGGGGACGCAGUGGCAAGGGCGGCACCUGCCAAGAAGUUCGCACAGGCGUUGAAGCUUUACAAGAUGCGCGAGGCGGUGGAGUGCGCCACGCAGCUGCGGCAGACGGAGACGUGGCGCAACCUGGCGCUGGCGGCGUUGGACGUCCUGGACGUGGAUGUGGCUAUCAAUGCGUACCGCCAGAUUGGCGAUGCCAGCAUGGUACUGUCCUUGGAACGCGUACGGCAGCAUGAGGAUCGCAACUUGCUGUCGGCCCAUAUUAUGGUGCUGCUGGAGAAGGACUACAACCAGGCGCAGGAGCUGUUCCAGCGCUCCUCAGUUCCCCGAGCGGCGCUGGAGAUGCGCAUGGACCUGAAGCACUGGUCUGAGGCGCUCAAGCUGGCUGAGACGCUAGACCCAGAGGCUAUCGGCACCAUCUGCAAGGAGCACGGCGCCAUGCUGGAGAUGACCGGCGAGUACGCCAACGCGAAGUCGCACUACCAGCAGGCAUUGGACGCGCUGAUGGUGUCGGCCGGCCCGCCGCAGCCAGAGCUGGAGGUUGCUUGCAAAGCGGGCAUUGCACGCACCACGCUGCAGCUGGGCGACCUGCGGCAGGGCCGCCAGCUGGCGCUGCAAAUCAACUCCACGGUGUUGUUCAAGGAGUGUGCGCUCAUCCUGGAAGGGCUGCAGCAGCUCACGGAGGCGGCUGAGAUGUACGAGCGGGCAGGACAGUAUGAGCGUGCCGCUAGCAUCUAUAUUCAGACCAAAAACUUCGCGGCGGCCGCGCCGCUCAUGCAGCGCAUCAGCUCCUCGAAGCUGCAGCUGCAGUUUGCCAAGGCGAAAGAGGCGGAAGGCCGAUGGGCAGAGGCCGCCACCGCGUACGAGGCUGCGCGCGACAUGGACUCGGUGGUGCGGUUGUGCCUGGAGCGCCUUAACCAGCCCCAGCGCGCAUACGCCAUUGUGCGCAAGACGCAGAGCGUUGAGGCGGCCAGCCAGCUGUCCAGGUUCUGCCUGCAGACACAGGACUUCCAGGGUGCCGUCGAGUUCCUUCUCAUGGCAGGCCAGAUGGAUCAGGCGUUCGACAUUGCUAUGGGCCACAACGAGAUGGACACCUUCGCGCGCAUCGUGGCGGCCAGUGCAAAGCCGGUGGACUACCAGCGCAUUGCGCAGUACUACGAGAGCCGUGGCGAGUACGAUAAGGCGGCGGAUAUGUGGAGCAAGUGUGAUCAGGCACCGCGCGCCGUGCAGCUCUAUCUCAAGGUUGGAAGCAACCAGGCACUGGAGAAGGCGGUGCAGGUGGUGGAGCAGACGCGCAGCCACCAGCUGGGCGUGCUGGUGCUUGACUAUGUCAACGAGGAGAAGGAUGGCUCCACACGCGACGAAUUCCGCUUCAAGCUCAACAUCGCGAUGGGCCAGUUCCAGGAGGCCGCACGCGAUGCCCUGGAGAUGGCCCGGUUUGAGCAGGAGGAGGGCAACUAUCGUGUGGCGCACGACAAGCUCUUCUCCACUGUCAAGCAGCUGGAGGCGCUCAAUACAAAGCCACCGACCGACCUCAUGCGCGCCCUUAUGCUGUUACAUUCGUACACACUUGUUAAGUCGCUCAUCGCCAUCAAUGAUCACAUCACAGCGGCGCGGAUGCUCGUGCGCGUGGCUCGUAACAUCUCCAAGUUUCCCAAGCACAUUGUGCCCAUCCUGACGUCGACUGUCAUCGAGUGCCACCGAGCAAACCUGAAGAAGACAGCCUUCGAGUACGCAUCCAUGCUCAUGAGGCCUGAGUAUAGGGACAUGGUGGCCGUCAAGCACAAGAAGAAGAUCGAGCUGAUGGUGCGUAAGCCUGAGAAGGACCCCGAGGAGAUGGAGGAACCGCUUGCAGACUGUCCCUUCUGCAACAUGCCCGGCCCCGAAACGGAGCUGCAGUGCAUCAGCUGCCAGAACAUCCUUCCGUUCGACCUUGCUACCGGGAAGCGCAUGGUGUUGUCUGACUGGGCCGAGUGCCCCAGCUGCAAAUUUCCUGCGUCCGCGACUCAGUUCAUCCGCAUAAUUUCGGCAGAGGGCCGCUGCCCCAUGUGCAACGACGCUGUGGAACUGUCCCACGUACGCAAGGUGCAGGAUCCGCUAGCAAAGCUUAAGCAGCAGCAGUCGCAGCAGCAGCCUGCCGGCGGCAAGGCGCCGUGAGGAGGUAAGGGCCGUGGGAAAGCACGGCUCGAAGCCAGGAAGGGGAUGCAGGUGUGUAGCUUUAGUGAGAGGAGCAGCGAUAGCUGCAUGCGAGGGUGCCCAGUUUGUGCGGGGUACAGUCGGUGACAUGCAAGCGGUGGAGCUCAGUGGCCUUGGGAAAGGAAUACCAAUUGUGUUAUUCUAUGGGCGAUCUGUUCGGGCUAAAUGUUUUUAUAUGUUUACUUGUGAGGACCCUAGGCGUAUGUGCGAUCAGAGCGUGGCGUACAGCGGGCAGGUCCCGUCAGUGGUGAUCUGCGGAUGGCUCCUGCACGUGGGUCCAGGCAGUGACCAGUAGCGGCUUGAAGAAGCGGCCCCGUGAUCUUUGGAAGGGCGCGAGUGAUUAUUGUCUUCGUGGGUGCAGUGCAUCACUGGUGUACCGGAGGACUGCGUGCGGUACGUUCACCUGUCCUGCAGAUGGGCAGAAGAACUGAGAUGUGUUUUUUGUUGUCUUGGUAGCAAGUUCUGGACGCUGUAAUAGGCUCUAAGGCGGCAAGGCGCACAUGAGCGUGUCCCUGUACCCUGGCAGCCCCUCUGUAUGGAGGUUGUUUGUAACGUACCACGGACUAGGG